CGGCGCCUGUGUGCCUGGCUGGCUCGCCCACAGCCCACUGGAACACGAGCCAGUACGUCCACCUCCGUCGGCCCCCCUUGUCUUUGUCUUCCUCGCCGGUCACCUACAAAUACGCGCCCUCCAAACCGCGGCUCCCCUCACCAGGACACGCCACUCCUCUCAGUCCUUCACCACCACACUCCAAGCUAGCUAGCUGCCGGCCUCCGACGAUGUGCAUGCGCCAGAUCAAGCAGGAGCCGAGCUCCUGCGAGUCGGUGACCUCCUCCGUCGCGUCGACCUCGACGCCGUCCCCGGCGCCGGCGGCCAAGCGCCCCGCGGGGCGGACCAAGUUCCUGGAGACGCGGCACCCGGUGUUCCGCGGCGUGCGCCGGCGCGGCCGCGCGCGGGGGCGGCGGUGCCGCUGGGUCUGCGAGGUCCGCGUGCCGGGCCGCCGCGGCUGCAGGCUCUGGCUCGGCACCUUCGCCGCCGCGGAGGCCGCCGCGCGCGCGCACGACGCCGCCAUGCUCGCGCUCCGCGGGUCCUGCGGCGCCGUCGCCGCGCGCCGCCUCAACUUCGCCGACUCGGCGUGGCUGCUCGACGUGCCGCCGCCCGCCGCGCUCCUGGGCGCCGAGGGCGGCGUCCUCCGCCUCGCCGUGGCGCGGGCCGUGGAGGGGUUGUUCCUACGGACGCGGCCCGCCGCUGAGGACGCCACGUCGGAGCCGCCGCACUUGGCCGACCAUGACGACGCGGACGCGACCUCCGCCAAGAGCGACGACGGAACGGCCUCGCCGUUCGAGAUGGACGACGUGCUCAGCGACAUGGGCGCGGGCCUGUACUUCGCGAGCAUGGCGCAGGGGCUGCUCAUGGACCCGCCGGCGUCGUGCUGCGACGACGUCGACUGCGACGACGCUGCCGUGCCGCUCUGGGCCUACUGAAACCCAAGUCGAAACGUGCGCUGCUUGUACAUUUAUCUGAUCUCGUUCUUUCCUUUUUGGGUUUCAUGUGAAUAUUCCACGAUCCUAAUCAUGUAUGUAUCUGAACAUUCUGUUUAUCCGAACUGAACAGUAAAGCAGCAGCAGAGCACUGUGAUUCUUGAA